AUGGAAAUUCCGAGACCCGGUGAGGGGGAUGUUGACAUCGGAACUGGCACCUUUCAGGCCUGCUGGGCUCUCACAUCCAUUGUGGGUGUGACCUUGGUGUUCCGUUAUGCAAUCAAAGUCUGGGUUCGAUGUGCCUUGCCUCAGGUCACCGCGCCGGGGCGAGUAUGGGGCAUUGAAGACUUCUUCUUCUUUGUUGCAUAUGGGCUCGAUGUCAGUCAUAUGACUUUCAUUCAAAAGAGCGCAAAUUGGGGACUCGGGAGACACUUCUUCUAUUUGACUGCCGAUGAGCGUUUCCAUGCUAUGAAAUGGGAUUUCCUCUCACAGCCACUGGCCGUCGCAUCCGCGAUGGUUUCUCGCUCUGGGAUGAUGUGGUUUCUUUUGACUUGCUUUGCUGCAAGCGAUAAGAAGAUUCGCAUCUCAAUUAUCGUCUGCGCUAUUGUUCAGCUCGUAGUCAAUAUGAUCACCAUUGUUCAGAUUAUUGUCCAGUGUGGACCCAACCCAUACCACACCGCGAAUCGAGUUCAAUAUUUUCACUAUAUGUGGACACCACUCCCCGAAGACGGUUCCGUCAUAUGCCAGUCACCAACAGUGCAAGCCACCGUUGGCUUUGUUCAAGGAGGCUUUAACACUAUCAUCGACUUCUUCCUUGCUGUGCUCGCCGCAGUUGAACUAUGGCAAUUCUUUUUAAGAACCCUGCACCGUAACCCAAACCUAUCGUUUUGGUCUCAAUUUUGCAAGAUCAGUGGUACUGUUCGAUCCCGUCGAAUAUGGCAAACUAUCACACUGAGUGGGCCACUCAUUCUAUCCGGCUGCGCGUCUAUCGUGAAAACUUAUAAACUCAAAUCUCUCGGUAACCGACUAGAUUUCACAUACAACAUAGUCUCUUUUGUUCUCUGGGUAAAAAUCGAGAACUAUAGUAUCUUGUUAGCCUCUUGUGCCCCAGUAGCACGUCUUUUCCUUCGCGCCUUUGUAGACCACAGACGUGAAGGUCGCUCUCCUGCCUACUGGUCCCGCUCCCGCUCAUCAAAUAACAACGAUCACGAACAAGAGGUGGAACUCAAGCGCCGCAAAGCAAAUGCUAAAGAUCAAUGGCUUGAUUCCGCCACAGCGACCAAUACACAGGCUUGUGACGAGGAGAAUCCUGCGAUCCGGUGGGAUGGCCAUGGACAUGAGCGUUCUGAGAGUCGGGUUUCCAAGGCUGAGAUGCCCGAACAUCUUGAUGAUCGCUGUGUUACUGUCAAGACAGACAUCACAGUUCAAGUUGAUGAUGGAAGAUCGACUUCGUCGGGUGGGGCGAGGCUGCUGCCAGAUGGAAGUGAGGGCCUUGAGCGAUACCAUUGA